UGUUGGGAACAUUAGAAGGGAACCAACACCACGACCAGAAAGACGGGAACAUCUAGGUUCGGCAGCGGCGUGUCUUAACACCUUAACACCACCACCAUGGCUGACCCGGAAAAACAGCCCGAACAACCAAAGGCUGUCCAGCAGAAGCUGCUCAUCGCUAAGAAAGUGACCGGGACUGUGAAGUGGUUCAACGUGAAGAGUGGGUACGGAUUCAUCAACAGAAACGACACCAAGGAGGAUGUGUUCGUGCAUCAAUCGGCCAUCGUCAAGAAUAACCCAAGGAAGGCUGUGCGUAGCGUCGGUGACGGAGAGGUGGUCGAAUUCGACGUGGUAGUAGGGGACAAGGGUCAUGAAGCGGCCAACGUAACCGGUCCUUCCGGGGAGCCGGUAAAGGGUUCACCCUACGCUGCCGAUAAGCGACGCGGACACCGCGGACUUCAUUGGUACAGCAACCAGAGACGUGGAAACGGUCGGCCGCAACGUAGACCUCGAGAGGGUCAAGAGGGUUACGAUGGCGAAGGCAAGACCGGGGACGAAGCGAACGCAGGAGACGCUGGCGGUCAGCAACGACGUUACAGAGUUCGACGACAGUACGAUGGGUAUUAUCGUGGUGCGCGACGCUCCGGUCCGUCGGCGCAGCAGCAAGGAGACAACGGGGAAGCUGGCGAGCAAGGUGGCGAGGGUGGCGGCGAAGGUGGCGUGCCACGAGGCGGUGGCCGCGGUCGCGGAGGACCAACUCGUCGUUACUUCCGUCGCAAUUUCCGUGGAGGAAGAGGCGGCGGACCUCCGCGUCGUCCUCGCAGCCAGGACGGCCAAGUAAAAUCGGAGCAGAAGUCGGAUGCACCUAAAGAUAAGGAUGCACCUGCCGCUGCCCCUGCUCCACAGGAGAGUCAACCGGUCCAGAACACCACCACCGAAAGCACCGCUUAACCAAGAGUAAUGGUACCACUACAACAAAAACACUCCUUUUAAUAUGUAACAGCAACACCCGUUAUACACCGAAUCAACAGCAGCAGCAACAGCAACAACAGCAGCAACAACAAUAUAACAUAACAAUUGAAAAAAAUUAAAAAAAAAAAAAAAGAAGAAGAAGCAACAAGAAAGGGAAAGAAAUCUAGAAACACCACUCCACACCCUCCCUGAAGAAAGGGUGUAGCGAAUGCCGCAAUUUCGAUCGCGACGAAGAAAGACACCGAUGGAUCGACUGCGAGCGAACAAACUUUUUCAACUUGGACGUAUAUCGUUGAUAUAUAGUUUUGUAAUUUGUAAAACGCGCGGUGUUCGAUCCCCGCCGCUCGAUUAAUUAUUUUCAUUUUUCUUUUUUCCGUGCCUACCACCUACUGAAACGGGGGCAACGAUUUCGUACAGUUGAGAACGCAACGGUUUCGUUCGCGUCCGUGAGCUUCGCGAAACGGGAAUCGCGACCGCGACGAAUUCGGUGUUGAACGACGCUCUUAACGAGGUGAUAAUCUCGAUCGUGGCCAAAUUCAGUAAUAACGUGUAAAAAGAGACGAGAAGAAAGAAUAGAGGAAAAAAAAAAGACACGGUGUGAUGGGAUACGUAAUACGAAUUCGAAUUAGCGAAAGUGGUAUUUUUGUUCUUGUUUUUGCGUAUUCAUUGUUUCUCAUGUUUUAAUUUUUUUUUUCUUCAACGAAACGCAUUCGAUCGUUUUACGCGCAUAUAUGUAUAUGUAUACGUAUCAUUAAGUUUAACGCGAGAUCCGCGAUAUUUUUCUCUUGUCCCGUGCGUGUGUUCUGGGUAAACGCGCGUUUCGUACAGAUUGAUAUCGAACGGGCGUUUACCCGCCAUAUCGUCUAUCGGUUUAGUCGUUUUUUUAGUUUUUCGAAAUUAUUCCGUUUAUUUUUCUUUUCAAUUUUGAAACGCGAAAUUCGAUUCGUUUCGACACAGUCGAUCGUCCGUCGUCGUUCUCGCGCGUCGUCUAAAUUUUUUCUUUUCGUCUCAAAUCCGCGGGUCGAAUCGCGACAGACGGAACGGUCCGGCAAAAUUCUUCGUACGAUAUUCGAUGCGACAAUUGGGGUUCGCGUACGAUCGUAGCAAUAAGAUGGACGCGAUCGAUGCCCCUGGUGGGUAGGACUAAGUUUGAGCAAGGCGUUCGCUUGCUCGUGCCUAUUAUUCAUCCGACGAUCAUUAUCGAGAUUUCACGCGUUACGAGUUCGACGUAAUCGUGAAUCGAUUCGUUUUCUCCGUGCUAACCGAGUAUCGACGGCGUUUAUCGAACGCCGCGAUGCUCGGCGCAGAUCCGCGGCUGUUUCGAUUCCAUCGAAGAUGGAAGCUAACAGCAUCCGUGGUUCGUUCGAACGAAGCGAGACGACAAAUGACGAGGAGAUAGAGCGAAAGAGAGGGAGAGAAAGGUUAACGCGUGCCGAGCGCACGCGUUUUGUAUGCGUGUGUGCGUGUUAGAGAGAAGAUGAGACGGUGAGACACAGAUAAAAAAAGCUUUAUACGAUUUUGCAUGGAAACGAAACCACUUUUUUAAAUUUUAGUUUGUAGUUCUAUCGUCGGAAAAAUAAAAAGUACAAUUUUCUUUCCAAACGUAAUUCGAGGUCGACCGAACAGUGUCGCAAGCUCGUUGGCAGUAGGUUUUUUACCUUUCAUUCGAAUCGCGCUCUGGAUCUCGGAUCUUUGUCGCCGUCCUCGUCGUUCGUCGCUAUUUUAGCUGCAGUCGUGGUCGCAGACGUUUUACGUUCCUUGCUGAGAAGAUUCUUCGCGAUAGUCGAUCGCAGGAUCUUUCGAGGGAGAACCGAAAGAGGAUGAAAGCGUGAUAAAGAGGCGUAGGGGGAGGGGGAGGAAACGAGUGGUGUGCGAGCGUAACGCCAAGUGGGAGAAACGCGAUCGAUUAAUAACGAAAUAAGUGUAAAUUUAACACGGUAACAUUGAAGAAACGAUUUUUUAACAAGCAGGAUGGCGUAACUCCCACGAGGCGUAACAGCUGGGGAGAACGGCAAAAUAAAAAAAAAAAGUAAAAAAAGAGCGUAUUUUAAGAGGGGUCUCGCGAAGCAGGAAUAAAAUCUAAAUCGAAAAGCCGCGACUCGCAUCGGGCGAGCAUUGUAAUUGAAAUGAAGCACGCGAACAAGAAAAAAAAAGAAGAAUGCAUGUGUUGAAAGUGAAUAUCGGAAUUAAACGAAACGCAAAGGAUGCAGAGCAAAUGCGCAAAACAAGAAUCGUGCGAACGAACGUGCACGGUUCCGGCAAUACGUGGACACGUGGCGUCCGAGAAUUUAGCGAUUCGCGAAUGUCUCGUUUUCCGAUGAAUUUCUGCCCCGCGAAUCGGUGCGAUUCUCCUCGGCAGACGAGACUUCGGGUGAAGAGAAGGAGAAGGAUGAGAGGCAGUAGCAAGAGGAAGAGACGCGCGUUGUAUCACGUUUUGCGACAGUCAAUUAGUUUCGAUUCAGUUUCCCGCGAGAGAAAGAGAUCAUAGCCGUAGGAACCGUCCGUGAAGGUAUCGGAUCGGACAAGAAACGGAAUGAAAAAAAAAAAAAAAAAAGCAGAAAACCGAGGGAGACGCUUGUCUCUCGAAGAGAAUGUAUCUUCGAUCGAAGCCGAGACGUAAAAAUCUCUCGCCGGUCGUACGGACCGUGUCCGUCGACCGACAGGCCAUCCCGAUCCACCACCUUCCUUUCCAAAAAAAGAAAUUUCACCCAUCCACCCCCUCUACCUUUGCGCCCACCUUCUUACCUUCCCUAUUCCUCCUUCCCAGCUUACCUCCUCACCUUCGUCCGCUCCCUGUGUUCCUCGAACCCAGUGAAUUUUAUACCGAAACGCGAAAUUUCGAAAAAGCUACUUUCAUAUACGGAAUUUAAUUUUUUCACGAAACAUGUGCAUUAUAAAAAAUAAAUGCCAAAAAAAUCGCAAAAUCUCACGAA